UCCUGCUGCAUUUUGAUGGUUAUUUUUCCAUUUCCCCCGCGCCCCUGGGGCGGCAGGAGCAGUGCAGGGCUCAGUGGCCGUGUGUUGUUGCAGGACUCGUACCGCAAGCAGGUGGUGAUCGAUGGGGAGACGUGCCUGCUGGACAUCCUGGACACGGCGGGGCAGGAGGAGUACAGCGCCAUGAGGGACCAGUACAUGAGGACAGGAGAGGGCUUCCUCUGCGUCUUCGCCAUCAACAACAGCAAAUCCUUCGCUGACAUCAACCUCUACAGAGAACAGAUCAAGAGAGUGAAGGACUCAGAUGACGUGCCCAUGGUGCUGGUGGGGAACAAGUGUGAUCUGCCCACAAGAACAGUGGACACAAAGCAGGCCCAAGAAUUGGCAAAAAGCUACGGAAUCCCCUUCAUAGAGACCUCUGCAAAAACGAGACAGGGUGUGGAAGAUGCUUUUUACACCCUGGUGAGGGAGAUCCGGCAGUACCGGAUGAAGAAGCUGAACAGCAGCGAGGAUGGGAACCAGGGCUGCAUGGGACUGUCCUGCCUUGUCAUGUGAGAAGAUGCCAAGAAAACGUGGUUCAGGUGCAGCUGCUGGACGAGCCUCGAUCUGUGCUGCCUCUCCUGCUGCUCCCUGCAGUGUUUGGGUGCCACUGACAGACUCUGGGCACCAGAGUUAAUGAAUUAGCACAAGAUGAAGAGAAUUAAUUAGCUCCAUCUGAAGAGAACAUCCAUGGCAUCUACCUCCCUGCUCAGCUCUCGGAGCAGCAGCACCUCGGGAUGUGCUGGGAUUCUUCUCUCACCGUCACCUGGCUUUGUUCCAGAAGGAAACCAGCCCCAGAAGUGAACUGUAGAGACUAAAUGCUGUGAAAAAGAUGACACUUUACCUCUAGAGUAAAAGCUAGAAGUGCUGUGUGUCCCCUGUCUGUUGGAAUCCGUGCAGUGCUGGUGUCACUCGGGGUGGUGCCACCCUGUCCCCUCCCAGCUGGCUGUCUGCUCUCUGUGCACCUGUACAGCAAAACAAAUGCAACAUCUCCAGUGCCAGGAGUGCCGCCUGCCUGACCCUCCAGUGCUGUAAUAAAAAGGAAAACCUUUCCUAACUAAGUGCCUGUUUGCUGAGAAGAUUUGGAGUUGUCCCUUGGGUUGAGGAAAAACCCCCAAGGAGUGGAAUUUCUUGGGAGCUCAUUGUGACAAGCAGGCAAGUGUGCUGUGGGUGAUCUGGGCCUGGCAGGAUCCCCCAGCAGGAAUUUGGAAGGUCCAGCAGGCACUUGAGAGACUUUUGGACAAGGGAGGGGACACACUGCAUCUGUGUUUUACUUUCUUUGUGGGUGGAACCGUUUAUAUUCUGUAUUGUUUUCCUGCAGCAUUCAGAUCUCUUCUAAGUUGGACCAAACCUGUCAGCUGUUCAUUUUUUAACAUGAACUGCCAACGUUUCUGGGCAGCUUCUCACUAAUUAAUCUGGUAACUGGAGGUUGCUUUGGACAGCUGCUAUUCAGCUCUCUCUGUAACUUGCAAAUUGUUUUAUUCUGAAUUAUUUUCUUACCACAGACUGUAAAGAGUCUCUUCAAAAUGUCUCUAGGCUGUAAAAUUGGAGUUUCUUUGUCAGGGGUGCAGGAAGGGGCUGCUCCAUCCCUGGCAGUGCCCAAGGCCAGGUUGGAGCAGCCUGGGGCAGGGAAUGGGAUGGAUUUAAGGUGGAUGGGAGAGGUGUUUGGGAUGAGAUCUGAGGUCCUUCCCAACCCAAACCAUCCUGGGGUUCUGUGCUGGAGGGGAGGAAGCUGAGAGCUGCCACAGGCACCUGGGCCAGCUUCUGAUUGCAGCAUCCUUGCAAAAUGAGGAAGGAGAUGAGCUCAGGGAUGGCUCCUCAGGAGGUGGGGACAGACUGGGGAGUUCAGGGCUCGCUCUGAGCGAGGGAAUUGUAAUUGUGAACCCUUCCCUCUGAACUGAGGGAGCUUCAGAACAGAGCAGAGCACCCUGCCCUCCUUCCCUGUGCCCAGCUGUGCUCACCCUGUCCCUGGGCUGGGCUGGUUCUGCCCCGAAUCCGGCUCUGAGGAGGAGGAGGAGGAGGAGGAGGAAGGAGCCCUCAGCCAACAGAGGGAGCAUUUGGAGCAUUUGGUCAGUGCCAGGCCAGCAGAGCAGAUGCAGAGGCUCAGUUUCAGGUUGUUGGUGUCAGUCACACAUCUUAAUUUGGAGUGCUCAGUUUCAAAUGGGCAUUGGAGAGCAGUAAACAGAGAGAGAAGAAUUUUCUCCUUUUAAUGUUGCUUCCUUCACUACUUACAGUCUUAAUUCUCUUCUUGGAAUGAAGAGGAUCAAUCUGCAUCACAUUUGCUUUAUCUGUGAUAAUCCUUAUAAAUACUUUUUUCAAUUUA